AUGGUAAAUGAAAUGAGGAAAAAGAGAAGAGGUGGUAAUGUGGCUUUGAAACUGGACAUAUCACAGGCUUAUGACUCUGUAAGUUGGACUUUUCUUCUUAAAGUUAUGCACAAAUAUGGAUUUUCAUCAUGUUGGUGUGAUUGGUUGUUAACCAUGUUUAAAUCAGCAAAAUUAUCAGUAAUGAUCAAUGGAGGGCCAUGUGGAUUUUUCUCAAUGCAUAGGGGUCUUAAGCAGGGUGAUCCAUUAUCCCCUAUUCUAUUUAUUCUGAUGGAAGAUGUAUUGAGUAGAAAUAUCACAAAAUUGGUUAAUACAGGGCAAAUAACUCCAAUGGUAGUUAGAAAUGGAAUAUAUCCAACACACUUAUUUUUUGCUGAUGAUGUUUUCUUAUUCUGCAAUGGAGAUAAGAAGACUUUGCUUUGUCUGUUCAAGCUGAUUGAAAAAUAUCAACAUUGCUCUGGUCAGAUGAUUAACAAAGCCAAAAGCAAGUGUUUUAUUGAUGGUACCAAUUCAACUAGAAAACAACAAAUUAGCAGCAUAAUUGGUAUGGACAUAUCUAAUUUUCCUGAUAAGUAUCUUGGUAUCAUUCUAGCUUCAGAAAGGGUAACUACUGAAAUGGUCUGGCCAAUGGUUCUUAUGCUUCAGAGCAAACUUGCAGCUUGGAAAGGAAGAUUAUUAUCUUUUUAUGAUAGACUGAUUCUUGUUAAAACAGUUUUGUGCAGCUACCCUCUUUACAAUAUGGAAGUUUACAAAUGGCCAUCUUCAGUUAUUAAGAUAUGUGAAAAACUAAUAAGGAACUUUUUAUGGUCAGGUGAUGGAGAGACUAGCAAGUACAAAACUUUAUCUUGGAAGAAGAUCUGUGUGCCAUACAGUGAAGGUGGCUUGGCUAAGUUCAAAGAUAAAUAUGGUAUAUGGUUUUCAAAAUGGAAAUUAUCAUCAGUAAGAGCAGGUUUGCAAUGGGCUUGGCUUACUUUACAAGAAGAAAUCUCUUGGAGGGUUGGAAAUGGAGCUAUCAUCUCAGUCUGGUUUGAUAACUGGCAUGGAUCAUCCCCAAUUAUUAAUGAAAUUGGUUAUACUGAUUUUAUUCAUAACAAUAUGCAGUUAAAAGUUCAGAACUUAAUCAUUAAUAACCAAUGGAACAUACAUCCUCAGUUGCAGCAUUUGUUACAGUUUGAUAAUUUGCCUCAGAUCCACAAUGGAAGUGAUUCCAUAAUAUGGAACCUACAUAGUAGUGGAAUUUUCAAUAAUGCAAAGGCUGUGGAGAAAAUAAGACACAAGGAGGACAAGGUAGAAUGGUCUUCUUAUAUAUGGAGAAAAUCUUUGCACCCAACUAUUGCCAGCAACAUUUGGAAACUUCUGCAGGGAGUUUAUGUGGAUGAUGACAUUAAAAGAAAACAGGGAUAUGAUAUGCCUUCUAGAUGCUGUAUCUGCAAAUCAGAGCAGGAUUUUAUGGAGCACACACUGUGGCUUUGUGAAUUCAGUGUACAGGUUUGGAAUUGGCUUGGCAACAUGUUUCAAUUUCCCAGACCAUACUCUUUCUCAGAUGUUUUUUCUGCAGCAAAACAACACGGUCCUAUCAUUGAUGAAGUAUGGAUAGUCUCUUCUUGUAAUGUCAUUAAGGAAUUAUGGUUUCAAAGAAACAGAGUUUUCUUUGCAGGUGGUGAUAUUAACUUUCAUGGUUUUACGCAAAGGGUAAUGAAGAUUAUUCAAGAUCAUGGUAUUAGAAUAAGAUGGGUCAGGUGGAAUAAUAGCUAUGAAAACCAAAUUCUUAGUCACCUUAAAAUUGAUUCUUAA